UCCCGCCAGGUUUUGCUGAUGGUGACGAUGGCGGCGGUGAGGACGAAGGCUUGGGUGACCAGCCCGUCCAUGCUGAGCUCUCCUGCUCUCCUCAGGAUGCCUUCCUGCUCAUGGACCGGCAAGUCCUCUGUAAGAGGCGCUAGAGACAGCUCGGUCCAGUUCCGGGGAAGGUCGGCUCGGUUCGGAGCUGGGGUUCGAGGGAUGCAAUCUGCGGGAGGAUGGGGAGCGGGGAGCAUGGAGAAGUACGACACACUUGUUAUUGGGAGCGGCGUGAGCGGCUCUUCUCUUGGGUUCUCCCUGUUCCAGAAGGGCGUCAACGUCCUUGUUACUGAAGCAAGGGACGUGGUGGGAGGAAACGUGAUCACCAGAGAGCAGGACGGGUUUCUUUGGGAGGAAGGACCCAACACCUUCCAGCCCACUCGCCAGAUCAUGCGCCUUGCUGUCGAUCUUGGCUUGAAGGACGAGCUUGUGUUUGCUGACCACACCCUUCCUAGAUGUGUGUACUGGGAGAAAGAGCUCUUCCCCCUCCCCUCCAAGCCCGAGGAUGCGCCGUUCUUCCGCCUGCUCUCCAUCCCCGAGAAGAUCCGAGCUGGAAUCGGAGCGAUCGGCCUGCAUGCGCCGAAGCCAGACUACGAGGAGUCAGUGAAGGACUUCAUCGAGCGACACCUUGGCGAGGCAGUGUUCAAGAAGAUGAUCGACCCCUUCGUGUCGGGAGUGUACGCGGGUGACCCCACCAAGCUCUCCAUGGCCUCGGCCUUCAAGAAGAUCUACGCGCUCGAGGACCUCGGCAUGACCCCAAGCUUGAUCGAGGGAGGCAUCAUCCGCCAGGCGGAGAGGGCCAAGGAGGCCAGGGAAAACUAUGACCCUGAGCUGCCAACCUACAAGGGAGGGGCUCUCGGCUCCUUCAGGAAGGGUCUUGUCAGUCUCCCCAAGGCUGCCCAGGAGAAGCUCGGAGAUCGCCUGAGGACCAGCUGGAAGGUUGAGUCCAUCUCCAAGGGAGAGGAUGGGGGAUACGUCACCAAGUUUUCGACCCCCCAGGGUUCCAAGGAGGUUUGGUCCAAGACUGUGGCCGUGACUGCUCCUGCUCAUGCUACCGUGGGCAUGCUCUCCGAGCUUGUGCCUGAGUGCAAGGCCCUUGAAGAGAUCCACUACCCGUGCGUCUACUCCGUCACUCUCGCCUACCCCAAGGAGUGCCUCAAGGACGAGGUUCGCAAAGAGAGACCGGGCCUCGGCAAGAGGCUCUUCGGGUUCGGAAACCUCAUCCCCCGCAGCAUGGGUAUCCGUACCUUGGGAACGAUCUGGUCCUCCUCGCUCUUCCCCUACCGUGCUCCCGAGGGCUACGAGAUGAUGUUGAGCUACAUCGGAGGAGCCCAGGACCCUCUCCGCUACAACCCUCCCAUCGCCGAGCUCUCGGAGGAAGAGGUGGCAAAGAUUGUCCAUGGUGACGUCAGCAAGAUCCUCCUCAAGGAAGGAGCUCCUGAGCCAAAGGUCCUGGGAGUGCGCAAGUGGCCCAAGGCCAUCCCCCAGUACAACAAGGGAUACUCGGAGAUUAUGGGCAAGGUCAACAGCGGUCUCAGCAAGUGCCCUGGGCUGUACCUUGGAGGCAACUACGUCUCUGGCGUUGCCUUCGGCGACUGCGUUCAGUGGGGAGUCGACACUGCACCCAAGGUCAAGGAGUUCCUCGACUCCGUCCCUUCCUCCGAGAAGGCGGCCAACGCUGCGCUGGUGUAAGCCUUCAGACGCUGUCGUUCAAUGUUAUGAUACAAGUAGCAAACCUCUC